AGAAAUUGUUAAGAACAACCUACUCAAGUAUGCUCCAUGUUUCGAUAAAAAAAAAAUCAUGCUCCCUGUAACUUGGAGCUGAACAGCAUUUUGACGACAAUGGGCACGGAUCAAUUAUCUAAGUAGCAAUGCCAAUGUUCACUAACGUCUUUUCAACCAUAUGACCUUUUAGGAUGGAGUUGAAGGACCCAAACAAAGCAAAUUCAUUGACUUGAUAAGUCUACGUAACUAAACGUCAGUAUUUUUUUUUUUUUUCUGAAUGAUUGACAGCUACUAGUCUUUGAGAGAAAGCCUCUUAAGAUGGCCUCUUGUGCAGGUUCUUGUUUAGUUCGUGAACAAAAAGACAAUCUGUUUGUCGAACAGGUUCUUUCUUGAUUCAUACCCAGAAACUUCCCUCUGUCGUGCUCUUCGCCCAUCAUAGGACACUGACAAAAUUCCGAUCGACUCAACACGUCUUGUAUGAACAUAAGCUGAUCUCCGCCGUCUCCUCCAACAUUCUUUGGAGGCUAAUCUGUGCACACAUGGUCAUACGUUGCAAAGGGUUCUAUUUUGAUGUGGAUAAAGGUGCUCGUGUCUGCACUGGUAGCGAACAAGCUGAUGAGGAACCAACUGGCAAAACUGGAAAAGCCACCAGCUCCAGUGCCAAGAAGAACAUCAAGAUACUCGGCAGAUUAUCAAGGGGUAGAGGUGGAGGACUUAGCAAAGUAGAGAAGGUUGCUACCCGAACACAAGGUACCAAGGACUUGAAUAUUGACACUCUCUCCGAGAAAUCAGCUGUUGUUGAGACUGUGAACAAAGCAAAUGCAGAAGAGAGGACCCAGGAACAAAAGCAUAAGAAGUAUGACCAGCUACUCUCCCGUGCCCAGCCUAAAAGCAGCCAUGGUACUAAAGAUGUGAAGGUUGAAAAUGUUGCAGAGAAAUCAGCAGGAGUUAAGGAUUUGGAAUGGGAAUCAGUAAAGUUAAAAGAGAGGUUCCAGGAGCAGCAAGAGCACAAGAGUGAGAAAUGUGACCAGCUGGUCUCUCCUGCCCGGCUAAAAAGCAACCAUGGCACGAGGGACAUCUACAUUGACAGCAUUCCAAGGAAAUCACCAGUCAUCACAGGAGACAAAGGGAACUUAAAAGAAAGAAACGGGGAGGAAAGGACCAACAGAUUUGUGGUCUCCUCACCCCAGGGUGGCGGCAACGCGAAAUUGUAUGCAAAAGAGAGCCUGUACAGUCGGAAGAAGAAUGAGACAAAGAGAUCGAGCACUUUGGUGCUCAGGAUCAGACUGCAUUGUGAUGACUGCAUUCGGAUAAUACAAAAGUACAUUUUACAGUACAAAGGAGUUGAAUCGGUGGUUAUAGAUGCAAGCAAGGAUCAAGUAUCAGUGACAGGGGUAGUGGAAAUGAAAGAACUCGCACCUUACCUGAAAGACAAGAUCAGGAGGAAUGUUGAAGUGGUUCUCACAACAAAAGGAGGUGAUGAAGAAAAGGAGAGAUCGAGCACUUUGGUGCUCAGGAUCAGACUGCAUUGUGAUGACUGCAUUCGGAUAAUACAAAAGUACAUUUUAAAGUACAAAGGAGUUGAAUCGGUGGUUAUAGAUGCAAGCAAGGAUCAAGUAUCAGUGACAGGGGUAGUGGAAAUGAAAGAACUCGUACCUUACCUGAAAGACAAGAUCAGGAGGAAUGUUGAAGUGGUUCCCACAACAAAAGGAGGUGAUGAAGAGAUUAAAGACAAGGUUAAUACGGGUGGUCUUGGUGGUGAUGGAGAUUAUGGCAAGAAAGAAGAACAAACUCCGCUCACCAAGAAUGUAAACCAAAGAGAAAACCACUGGUCACUACCUCAUCCUAUCACACAUUCGAACGAUGGAGAAAUCCAUAAUUGGAAUUAUGGCACGGAAGCUUACCAAGGUUACAUGAAUCAGGGAGCUGCAUAUCAGCGAUUCAAUCAAUCAUAUGCCCCCGACAUUUUCAGUGACGAGAACCCUAAUGCCUGCUCCAUCAUGUGACAGAUCAGUUGUGCUCGAGAACAUGGAUUAAGAGAGAUUGUGCUUGAGAAUGCUGUAAAUAACCAAGUAUGCAGUGUAUAUAGGUCUUUAAGGUCAAAGAAGCGUUUCCAAAGUCAUUAUGUUGACAAAAGAAAGGUAAUACUUCCCUAGAAAGGAGGAAAAUGAAAAGAGUAAGGGGAAACUAUUCAUUUAGAGUGUAGCUGCCAGUUGGGACACUUGAACCCUGCUAACACAUUUGGCCAGAUCAGAGUGACUAAACUGGUUGUCUGCUGUCAUUUGCUCCUAUCAAGCGGGACUGAACUCUGCCAUAUAGGUGGAUGGGGAUUUGGGAUCAUACUAGGUUACUGCUAGCCACAGAUACAAAUGAAAAAUGCGGUGGCCUACUGUUGUGUCUAUUCGGUUCUCUGGUUUGGUAGUCAAUAUACAAAGUCGCCAUGUUUUA